CUUCACCUACACAACUUAGUUUCGAUUUUAUGCAUGGCAUUGACGAGGUGUCAUCUCCUCCUCAGUCCAUCCACGUGACGUGUCCACCUUCUUUCUCCUCUCGCCACGCGUCCUUCUCUCCCUUCGCAACCGUCUUCUCUCUCACUUUUAUAUCUCUUUCCAGAUACAGGAACAUCACAAUCAAUAAUCCAUAAAGCAAACGAGAGAAAGAAAAAGAUCAAUAGUUCCUCUAAAAAAGUUCCUCAAAACUUACGAAUUUCAAUCAAAAUUUCACGAAAUUGAAAUCAGAAAUGGCAAGCAGAAAGGAAGAGAAGGCUGAGGGGGCUGCGAGGUAUGCGGCGGACGAGUUGAAGACUGCAAGGGAGGAGAAGGAGAUGCACAAGCAGCAACACCCGGCGCAGCAGUUUGACAAAGAAUAUUAUAGUGGUACCACUACUGAAGAAACUCAUCACCAGCAACAGAACAAGCCCGGGAUAAUCUCCUCUGUGUUUGGCGCGAUCGGAAGCACGUAUGAGCACGCCAAGGAAGCUGUCGCGGGCAAGACCCAUGACGCGGCGGAGAAGACUAAGGAGAGUGCUGCUUAUACGUCUGCGAAGAUGAAGGAGAGUGAGGAGGCUGCUGCUCUGCGUGCUCGUGAGGAUGCGGAGUGGGCGAGGGAGGGGAGGGAUAACACGGCGGAGAGCAUGAGGCAAACUAAGGAUGCUGCUGUUGGAAAGACCAAAGAUGCUGCAGGUUAUGUGGCCGAUAAGGCAAAGGGGGCGAAAGAUGCGACGGUAGACACGGCCGUACAAGCGAAGGAUGUUACCAUGGAGAAGACUAAAGAUGCUGCGGGUUAUGUGGGUGAUAAGGCUAAAGGGGCGAAGGAUGUGACAGUAGACACGGCGGUACAGGCGAAGGAUGUUACCAUGGAGAAGACUAAGGAUGCUGCGGGUUAUGUGGGUGAUAAGGCUAAAGGGGCGAAGGAUAUGACUGUAGGGAAAACGAAGGAUGCUGCGGGUUAUGUUGCUGACAAGUCCAAGGCGGCAAAGGAUGUUACAGUAGAUAAAACUAAGGAUGCUGCAGGUUAUGUGGCUGAUUCCACCAAGGCGGCCAAAGAUACUGCCGCUGAGAAGGCAAGACAAGCUGCUGAUAAGACGGGUGAGAUCAAAGACAGGACAAUGGAGACCGCUGGGGAGUACAAGGAUUACACUGCUGAUAAGGCUGUGGAAGGGAAGGAUGUGACUGUUGGUAAGUUGACUGAAUUGAAGGAUUCUGCAGCGGAUGUUGCAAAGAGGGCAAUGGGUUUCUUGUCAUUGAAGAAAGAUGAGACUAAGGAGAAGGCGGGUGAAACUAUUGAGGCAGCUGCAGAUAAGACUAAGGAGACAGCAGAGGCGGCCAAAGCCAAGGCCAGAGAUGCUGCUGAGUCUGCUAAGCAAACCGCGGAUGCCACCAAGAACAAGGCGUGGCAGAAGAAAGAGGAGGCCAAGGAUGUGUACAAGGGUACGGAGGAAGAAGGAAGGAGGAAAAUGGAAGAAAUGAGGAUUGAAAAGCUUAGGGAGAAAGGGUAUGAUGUUGAAGAUGAAGCUUCUGAGAGAGCCAAAGCUGACAGGGAGGCCGCUGCAUUAAGGGGAGAUGCAGCAAAGAACAAUAUAUUGGGGGCGAUAGGCGGUUUAACAGAUGCUAUGAAGAGCAAGCUUGCAAUGCCGAGUGAUGUAGCAGAGGAGAAGAGAAAGAAUCAAGGGAAGGUCGGUGAAGAAAAGAUAGUGUCGGUGACUGUGGAGGAGUCUAGACCUGGUGCUGCAGCAGAUCUUCUGAAGGCAGCUGACCAGAUAACUGGGCAAGGUUAUACCCCUAAUGAUGUUGGAAAGAUGGGGGAGGAAGGGACCGGCUUCCCUGCCCGCCGCCGUUAAUUAGCGAGUAGACCUUUGAUUACCUACUAGAGUACCAGACUAGAAGUGGCUGGGUGGAUAUAACCAACUUUAUAGAUGGAUAUGACCAUGGGUGUUCUUGUGGGGCGGUGUGUUAGUUGUUUCUAGGUCCUAUCAUCUUUUGCUAUACCUUUGCUUGCUUUUGUAACUGAUGUUGCAACUUUAUUUUGUUGUUGUUUAUAUAUAUCAUUAUCUUCACUUCUUGUA